GGAGGCGAAGACGACGCCGCGAGCGGUAGGACGUGCGCAAAAGGCGUGGACGUGGCUUGUCAAUUACCCUAUCAUACUCAAUGAGGUUCUUACCCAUACCCCAGGGUCUUAACCAAACUCCACUAACCUCAAACAUCUACCUUCAUAAAACGAUGGACGACCACGCACCACUGGAAAGCGCCGGCAUCGAGGAGCCUCUUGAUCUCGUCCGUCUCUCAUUAGACGAACGCAUCUAUGUCAAGCUGCGCGGAGACCGUGAACUGCGUGGAAAGUUGCAUGCAUAUGACGGUCAUUUGAAUAUGGUGCUUGGCGAUGUCGAGGAAACGAUCACCGUGGUGGAUGUGAAUGAGGAAACUAUGGAGGAGGUUAUCAGAAUUGUCAAGAGAAAUUGUGAGAUGUUAUUUGUUCGUGGCGAUGGUGUCAUCCUGGUCUCACCUCCAUCCCGCGCAUAGAGUCGAGGUGUUCAUGGGAAAGGAACGACAGUUAGGACGCAGGAUAUACUCUUUUCUUUUUACAAGCAGGAAGAGAGAACAAGGGGUCGAUAGGAUCAUGUAACAACGUACAAAAACACCUUCAAUAAAAUUACAACCACGACGACCAAA